GUUGCACCGCAGCUCUGACGCUUGGGACCUGAAAGAGGAAUGGUCCGAGAUCGCCGAUGGCAAGAGGGCAUACCGGCUCACCGAAGUGUUUUUGAACAAAGAUGGCAAGAAGACAGUGUCAGACAUCGAGUCCCUCAUGCAUCGCAACUACGCAGAUGUUUUGCCACUGGCCAUGUUGACAGAAAGCGCCUUGGGCGAUUCAUUCCGAAUGCUCUCCCGAGCUGCAGCUUCAGUGCACCAUUAUUCAUGCAGGAGGCAUGAGGCAUACCCAUAUCGUCUUUUUGGAUUGCUGCACGCAGUCGACCAAUCAGAAGAUGCAGCAAAGGCUUUUGCUCACAAGGUCUUUGCAGAUUUCCACCAAAGAAAAUGCUGCUUGUGCGCCUUCACUCUUUGGUUUCUGGAAACCUACCCUGACGAGGAGGCUUUGUUGAGCGCACAAGCAAUACAGGAACUCCGCGCAGUACAACCGCAGACUCAAGAUGGAGACCACCUUGAGGUUUUGAUCAAAACAGAGAGCGCUGCUUCUGGACGCAGAGAAAAGGCCUUGAUGGAAAACUUGAGCAAUGUACAACUUCCAUCUGUGCCUUCUCUGGCCUCGGCGCUUGGAGCUCUGCAAACAUCAGAGCUCCUGACAAAAUUGGAGAAGGUCUCUGAUGGCAUUGAUGCCUUGGCCCUGCCAGCCGAUGAUUCGCAAGACAGGGUUCCAUUAGUGGUGUCUCCAAGUGUUCGAGGGAGUCAUGGGCCUCUGGCAUUGGACAUGGGGAGUGCUUGCACUGUAGCUUCUUGCAAAAGAGUGGUGCAAAGAUGUGAAGCCGACAACCCAGUUGGACCUUUGGCUGAUUUGGAUUCUAUUUGGGAGGCGCGACAUCACAUCGUAGCGCAGGGCUUGGAAGUGGCAAAGCAAGACAAGGACAAGGCACCACAGCGACGGCCAUGUAGAUUACUGAGUCUGUAUGCGCUUGAGGAUGAACCAAGCCCAAGCAAAACAGAAGCAGGAACGGCAACAAGAAGCUCAGCGUCUUUGCAAAUCCAACAUGUUCAGCAUCGAUCUCCAGCAGCAAGCAGCGCCCGGCACAAACGGUGCUGCCAGUUGGGGAUGCCUGUGUGCCGCUUACCCAUUGAUAAAUUUCGAUUGAAGAUGACAGCUGCUGUGAAGGCGAUAUGCAGUGUGCCCAGAGGUAGCGGUAGGGACGGCGCCUUUGAGAAGACCAACAAGGAUCUCCUGAUUGCUGGCAAGUUCUUUUUCUUUCUUGCUGGGCGCAAGGUGCAGAUGCAGCUUGAUGACCUUGCAGUGCCCAUAGAAAAGGGAGGAGAGACUCACCAAUCCCUUUGCUUUCACAUUUCCCAUGUGAUUGGAGGCCUACAGCAAUUCUUUCCCAUAGUUCUGCUUUGCAGCGCGACUCCCGAUCCAGAAAGGACAAUGCCUGACCAUGAUGAGCGAUUUCCAGAAGCAAUCAAUGUGAAGUCCAGGGGUAAGUGGCUGGACUAUUACCAAAUGCUUGAGAUGAUGGAUAUCGAGUGGGAGUGGGUCCUAUGCAUCUAUGAGCUGUCUCAGAGCUCCAAGCGCAUUGCGGAUUUCAUUCCAUCUUCAGUGCACGCUACGCGGAAACUGGCUCCAUAUGUAAUUUGGCAUAG